AUGUUAUUACAUGAUUUAUCAGAACAUUCUAAAAUGAAAGGAUCAAUUCUGUUGACUUCAGAGAGACCCCUAACUGUUGAUGAAAAUUCAAGUCCAAUUGAAAUUGAUCAAAGAUACUCUGAACAAAAUCAAUAUUGGAUUGAUUUGUUUUUCCCACAAUUAAAAUUUUGGAAUGAAUCUGGAUUUAAUGAUAGGGCUUAUAUGGUGGUGACAUUACCAUUACAAUUAUUAUUAAGAAUCACUUCACCAUCAAGAGAUGAAAACAAAAUCAAUGAAAUAACCAAUGAUAUUCAUACAUUCACUUAUGAUGAUGAACCAAUUCCUACAUUUGAUUACAAGCAAGAUAAAACAUUAACUAUAGUGCAAACAUUUUUAGGGACAUUAUUCUUAUGUUUUAGUGUAUUCAAUAAAUCCUGGUUAAUGUUAUUCCUAUCAAUUAUAAUUGCUUCAUUAUCCACGAUUGCAAUAUAUAAUAUUUAUCCAAGUUAUGCCACCACUAAUUUCAUUUCCAAUAUCAAACUAAUCAAUUAUUAUACCUCAAUUUUCGGAUUCAUUUUAUCAAUCUGUUGGAUUUCAUUUGCUGCUGAUGAAAUCAUCAAUAUUUUGCAUGUGAUUUCAGUUGUUUUCCAUUUGAGUGAAGAUAUUCUUGGACUUACAGUUUUUGCAUUAGGUAAUUCGGUAGGUGAUUUCAUUUCAAAUUAUACAAUUGCAAGUAUGGGCAAACCAAUGAUGGCAUUUACUGCAUGUUUUGGUGGCCCGCUAUUAGCUAUUUGUAGUUCUGGUCUCAGUGGAUUAAUUACAAAUGGAGAUUAUGGUAUGAAAUUUUCAUCUACUUUGGCAAUCAUUUGCACUUCUUUAUUUGGAACUUUAUCUUUCAUGGUCUAUAUUAUUCCCAAGAAUCAUUGGAAAAUUGAUAAGAGAAUUGGUACUAUUCUUGUCAGUAUAUGGGUUGUCACGUGUUUAGUAUCUAUACUUGUAGAGAUUAAUUAA